UAAUAGUGGAAUGAAAAGUACAUCGGAAGCUUUUUGUGAAGCUCUCUCUUUCACGGACGUUAGUUGACAAUCAAAAUCCAGGAUUGAUGUUGGCCAAUUUGUCAGCCAUGAUGACCCAUGGGUUUAAGAGCAGUAAGCAAGACUUCAUAUUCGGACCAUGGAAAGUGACUGCAGCAAAAACCCACAUUAUGAAGUCUAAGGACAUUGAACGGUUAGGGGAGGAGAUGCACAUGCCCUCACUCCCAGAGAUGCUGUUUGGGGACAACGUUCUACGCAUUCAGCACACAGACGGCUAUGGCAUUGAGUUUAAUGCCAUCGAUGCCCUCAAGAGGGUCAACAACAUGCAGGACUCUGUGAAAGUGGCCUGUGCACAGGAAUGGCAAGAGAGCAGGGCCGAUUCUGAACACUCCAAAGAGGCUGUGAAACACUACGACUGGACAUAUACCACAGACUACAGAGGCACUUUGUUAGGAGAGGACCAGCAGAUGAGGGCGACAGAAACGUUGGAGCGCAUCGACAUGGAGAAGCUGAAGGCGCGAGAACAGAUCAUGUUCUUCGAUGACGUGCUGCUUUUUGAGGACGAGCUUCACGACCACGGCGUGUCCAUGAUCAGCGUCAAAAUAAGAGUGAUGCCCACCAGUUUCUUCCUGCUUCUGCGGUUCUUCCUGCGGGUGGAUGGAGUUUUGAUCCGGAUAAAUGACACACGGCUCUAUCACGAGACUGGAAAGAAUUACAUGAUCAGAGAGUUUAGCACUCGGGAAAGCAAAAUUUCAGAAUUGAAGAACGUCCCUGCUGCUCUGUAUACUGACCCCAACGAGAUCGCCCAGCACUUAACUUUGAAGUUGACCGAGUGCGAGAAGUUGGAGCUCCCUGAGACAGGCCCCCAUCCAGGGGACACAGAGGUCCCCCAGUGAUGGAGAGCAGGCUGGGUCCUGUGAUUGGACAUCAAAUUCUCUCCUGCCUGGACUUAAGAUGAGCGUCUGCCAACCAAGGCAGAGUUCAUCCUCCCUCCGCUCUUCAAAGAAAUACUUUUUUUUUUUUUUUUACCAAAACACUGCACCUGCCUCCCUCCAUACACAGGAAAAACAACAGUUAAUGGAACUUCAUUUUGGCAUUUUCAAGUGGCCUCUUAUUUUUAGUGUUAUUUCACAUUUCCUCAACGUAAAUAUUUUGGUUGGAAAAUUGUGAUAAUUGCGUCUUUUCUAUUAGAACUCCACAUAAUGGGUUUGUUGAAUUCCACAUAAAGUAGUCUGAUAUUUGAAUGUUGUGCUAUCAUAGAGAUCCAUUCCUCAUGUUAUCAAAAUGUUGAAAGAGCCAAUAUGUAAAUAAAUUAACUUUUUGUAUGUGUUUAAUCUUUUACUGGACAUUGGAUCUUGAUUAGAGGAGAGCUCACUGCUGAAGUCGAGGAGCCCUUCUGUUGUGCAUCUCACUUUAAUGACAUCUCCCUACCUUUCCCCCUUUUCAAACUAAGAUUUUGAUCUAGCUCGCUGUUGUAAUAGAACGGUCUCCUUACAGAACCUGCUCAGCUCUGCUUGUUUUAUUGUAUUCAAUAUAAAUGUCAACUAAUAAAAGUAUUUAGCCUUAACAUGCAAACAUU